UAUUAAACCAUGGAUUCCUCUCUUAUUAAGGAUUAUAAGUCCUUCAAGGCUAGAAGUAUGAAGCAACCUACUGUCGAAUCGAAAAAGGCGAAACCAUCAGGUGGAGAACACAAGUCAAAACCCAAAGUUCCGAAGAGUAGUUAUUUGCCAAAGGAAUUGUUACAACCGAAGAAACCAGCCAGCCCUUCUCCUGAUUAUAAAUCACAUGCUUUCAGAAGCAAGCACAAGUUCGCUGUGCUCGCGGCUAUCGUGGACUUUAUGAAACAGCGUCAUCUUCAAAGAAAGUUUGAUCCGUUGAGUUUGGACGAGAUACUCGAUCAAAUUAAGUACACUGACAUCAACCAAGGCGACAAAGCUUGGUUGGGCAAUGAAGCCUUGAAAGAAAACUCUAAACUCAUUCAUAAAGAUGGUAAGUUUGUUUUCAAACCGAAGUAUCACAUAAAGGACAAAAAGCAGCUUCUGAGGCUUUUAGAGCGGCAUGAAGAUUCGGGUUCUGGCGGAAUUCUUCUCGACGACAUAAGAGAAAGUUUGCCGGAUGCUGAUGAAGUCAUAAAGUCAGUUGGACGUCGGAUCAUGUUCAUUACGCGCUCAACGGACAAAAAGGUUAUACUCUUCUUUAAGAAUGACCAGCAUCAACUUAAAGUUGAUGAGGAAUUCCAGAAGCACUGGCGAGGAGUCUCUGUGGAAGGAAUCGGUGAAAAUGACAUUGAGAAGUACCUGAUAAAUGCUGGGAUCACGACAAUGCAGGAUUCGGGAAUCAGGAGGCCACAACAGGCACAACAGAAGAGGAAAACAAACAGGAAACGAAAUUUCAAGAAACUGAACACUCAUUUAGAUGAGAGUACCUUGAAGGAUUAUUCAGAAAACUAAGUGAAAUGUUAAAGAGAGCUUCAAAUAUGUACUGUACAUGAUUCCAGUUGUCCACUCAAACCUAUUUUUGCUCAGGCCUAACCCACUUUUGGCUGAACAAAUGUCCAGUAUAAAUCCCCCCCCCCCCCUUUUUAUGGAACUGUACAAAAUUAAAUGACACUCAUGGCCCACUCUUCAAAAUGAUAGCCUUUUCCACCCUCUCUUUGCUUCCUGCCUCUAUUAAUUGUAGCCUUUCCCUACACUGCUUCCAAUUGGAACACAGGCAACCUUCAUCAUUUCAAAAUAAACAGUUUACAAUCAUGCAUUGAUUGUUAGCUGAAUAUAUUGUCAAA